AUGAGAGAAGAGCCAGACUCAGCUGUCUCAGAAUCAAGGAAGGAUCCUGAUGCCUCUGAGGCUGGGAGCAAAAGGGAGUUGUGGGAGGGAACCGUGCAGAAGAGCCUGGACGACAACCUCCUCCCGCCAGAUGUGCAGCUCCAUUACCAGGAGGCAGAGGGCCCCCGAAAGGUGCAGGAGAAGAUCGCUCAGGAGUGUUACCACAUAGCAGCUUUUCUGGGUGGUGCCAUGAAAACAAAAAUGGCUUCUUUGUCGUCUCUUUCUGGCAGAGAGAAAGCAGCUUCCAUUCAGCCUGAUCGGGGCCUGGUGACCUUUGAGGAGGUGUCUGUUCAUUUCACCGAGGAGGAGUGGGCUCUGCUGGAUCCGGACCAAAGAAGGCUUCACAAGGAGGUCAUGGAGGACAAUUUUCAGAAUGUGGCCUCUCUGGGUAAGAAACCGUAUGAAUGCUUGGAUUGUGGAAAGAGCUUAGCUUCGCAUUCGCUGCUUAUUAUCCAUCAACGUGUCCACACUGGGGAGAAACCAUAUAAAUGCUUGGAUUGUGGAAAGAGCUUUGCUCAGAAGAUACAUCUUACUAGACAUCAACGUAUCCACACUGGGGAGAAACCAUAUAAAUGUCUGCAGUGUGGAAAGAGCUUUGCUUGGUCUUCACAGCUUAUUGAACAUCAGUGUAUCCACACUGGGGAGAAACCAUAUAAAUGCUUGCAGUGUGGAAAAAGCUUUGCUUUAAGAUCACAGCUUACUAAACAUCAACGUAUCCACACUGGGGAGAAACCGUAUAAAUGCUUGGAUUGUAGAAAGAGCUUUGUUCGGAGUUCACAACUUAUUAUCCAUCAACGUAUCCACAGUGGGGAGAAACCAUAUAAAUGCUUGCAGUGUGGAAAAAGCUUUGCUUCAAGUUCACAUCUUACUAAACAUCAACGUAUCCACACUGAGGAGAAACCAUAUACAUGUCUGCACUGUGGAAAGAGCUUUGAUUGGUCGUCACAGCUUAAUGAACAUCAACGUAUCCACACUGGGGAGAAACCAUAUAAAUGCUUGGAUUGUGGAAAGAGCUUUGUUCGGAGUUCACAGCUUACUCAACAUCAGCGUAUCCACACUGGGGAAAAACCAUAUAAAUGCUUGCAGUGUGCAAAAAGCUUUGCUACAAGUAGGCAGUGUACUAGUCAUCAACAUAUCCACACUGGGGAGAAACCAUAUAAAUGUCUGCAGUGUGGAAAAAGCUUUGCUUGUUCUUCACAGCUUAUUGAACAUAAACAUAUCCACACUGGGGAGAAACCAUAUAAAUGCUUGCAGUGUGGAAAGAGCUUUGCUUCAUGUUUACGGCUUACUCAACAUCAACGUAUCCACACUGGAGAGAAACCAUAUAAAUGCUUGGAUUGCGGAAAGAGCUUUGUUCGGAGUUCACAGCUUACUCAACAUCAACGUAUCCACACUGGGGAGAAGCCAUAUAAAUGCUCGCACUGUGGGAAAAGCUUUGCUACAAGUAGGCAGUGCAUUAGACAUCAACAUAUCCACACUGGGGAGAAACCAUAUAAAUGUCUGCAUUGUGGAAAAAGCUUUGUUACAAGAUCACAGCUUACUAAACAUCAACGUAUCCACACUGGGGAGAAACUAUAUAAAUGCUUGGUUUGUGGAAAGAGCUUUGUUCAGAGUUCACAACUUAUUAUCCAUCAACGUAUCCACACUGGGGAGAAACCAUAUAAAUGCUUGCAGUGUGGAAAAAGCUUUGCUUCAAGUUCAUAUCUUACUAAACAUCAACGUAGCCACACUGGGGAGAAACCAUAUAAAUGUAUGCACUGUGGAAAGAGCUUUGAUUGGUCUUCACAGCUUAAUGAACAUCAACGUAUCCACACUGGGGAGAAACCAUAUAAUUGCUUGGAGUGUGGAAAGAGCUUUACCAAAAGUUCAGACCUUACUAAACAUCAGCGUAUCCACACUGGGGAGAAACCAUAUAAAUGCAUGGAUUGUGGAAAGAGCUUUCCUCAGAAGAUACAGCUUACUUACCAUCAACGUAUCCACACGGGGGAGAAACCAUAUAAAUGCUUGGAGUGUGGAAAGAGCUUUCCUCAGAAUUCAUAUCUUACUAGACAUCAACAUAUCCACACUGGGGAG